AUGUCUCUGCUUUUCGGAUUAGUUGCAAAACAUUCUGUAGAAGAAAGUGACGCGGUCCGUUUCUGCUCAUACCCACGGCAAACCCCAUACAUGUUGUUCAACUGCAGUUUGGGUAAUGUAGACAGAUAUUCAAAUAUAACUAUAAGUUAUAAUAUAUUUAAUCCAAGGAAUGAAAAAAUCAUCAAGAUCACUGAUAAAGUUUUUGUAAAAAGUUUACCGGAUCCCGAACAAUUCGUCUUACUUGGAACCUCACGAAGCUGGGCAGCUUUUACGCGUAUACAUGAUACAAUUAUAUUUCUCACUGACGUGUUUAAUCCUUGGUCCUCCGAAUCAUCCACCAGAACCAUUACUCUGCCUCCAUUGGUAUCUAAUGGCAUAAAGGCCUCCGUUUCAUUGUCCACUCCUUCUCCAGACGACGACAAUGAUUAUAUAGUUAGUGUCAGCUUCUUUAGAUCUAAACUUUAUUAUUGUAUGCCUAAUCGAGAUUCAGAGUGGACUAGUACUAACAUUCCAUUUUCUUGCGAUUUCAACUCACAAGUCGUUUACUCUCGAAAACGCCAAAUGUUUUACCUCCUCACAACUGGAUGUGCCUAUAUAGCUGCCUUGGAUCUCAAAAACAAUAAGGACCCUACCUUCCUUCAAAUACAGUUUCAGAACUUCCCUUUGAUACCACAACACGAGUGGGAGAUAUUGGCUUCAUGUUUACGGAGUGACUAUAUUGCUGAGUCGUCUUCUGGCGAACGUUUCAUUGUUCAAUGGUAUUUGACGUAUGUGGUGGAACCAUGGGGCAAUGGGAACAUAACUAAAGUAUUUAGAGAAACCAAGAGAUUCAUGGUCUUCAAGGAAGAAGAAGAGCAUAAAUUCCAAAGAAGGAAAAUGAUUGCAAACUACACAGAAAAUAUUGGAGAUCUUUGCAUUUUCAUUGGGAGGAAUGAGACAUUUUGUUUGGAAGCAAGCAAGUAUCCGGGACUCAGGCGUAACUCUAUAUAUUAUACCGGUCAUGGCUUUGGUGUUUACGAUAUCCGUAAGAAAAGCUUCCGUGAAUAUGACUCAAACUUAACAAAGGAAUCCAAAUUAUCAUCGAUUUCUUUUAUAGCAAAGUAUCAGCCAGUAUCUACAAAUCGUGUACUCGGGUUUGAUUAG